CGCUUCCGCGCAGCCGGCGGCGGCAGCGGUGGCCGGGCAUGGGGCCCCCGGGCGGUCGCGGCAGCUCCAGCGCCCGCGGCAGCCUGCAGCACUUGCUUCUCUUCCUGCUCUUCGUUGGGCCUUUCAACUGCUUUGCCAGUUACAGCCGCGCCACUGAGCUCUUCUACAGCCUCAACGAGGGGAUGCCUGCUGGGGUGCUCAUCGGCAAUCUGGCCCGUGACCUGCGGCUCCCAAUGGCUGGUGGCCAGCAAGCUGCGUCUCUGCAGCCCCCACUCUCCUUCACCCUGGCCUCCCAUGGCUUGGGGGGACAGUAUGUGCAGCUGGACAACCGCUCCGGAGAGCUGCACACCUCAGCGGUGGAGAUAGACCGGGAAGCUCUCUGUGUGGAAAGCAGUGGGGCCACCAUCUUCGGGGGAUUGGCUGCUGUCUCCUCUUCCUCCCCCUCACCAGAGUCAUGCCUACUGCUGCUGGAUGUGCUGGUACUGCCACAGGAGUACUUUCGCCUGGUGAAGGUAAAAAUCGCUAUCCGUGAUGUCAACGACAAUGCGCCCCGCUUCCCUGUGCCCCACAUCCGUCUCUCGGUGCCUGAGAAUGCGCCUGUGAACACCCGCCUGGCUAUCGAGCACCCCGCCCUUGACCCUGACAUGGGCACCAAUGGUGUCCAGACCUACCGCCUGCGAGAUAACUAUGGUGUCUUCACCCUGGAUGUGGAGGAGAAUGAGAAUGGAGAGAGGACUCCCUACCUGAUUGUUAUGGGGGCACUGGACAGGGAGACACAGGACGAGUAUGUGACAGUCAUUGUCGCUGAGGAUGGGGGGACUCCUCCGCUUGUGGGCAGUGCCACUCUCACUAUUGGCAUCAGUGACGUCAAUGACAACUGCCCCCAAUUCAAUGACUCGCAGCUCAACGUCACUCUCUAUGGGAAUUCCAGCCUAGGGACACAUGUGACUACUGUCCAUGCGGUGGACAUGGACCUUGGAACCAAUGCCCAGAUCACCUACUCCUACAGCCAGAAGGUCCCCCAGCCAUCCAGAGACUUGUUCCAUCUGAAUGAAAGCACAGGAGCCAUCACACUCUCCACUAAAGUUGAUGGGGACACUCCAAGGCUACACAGGCUGAUCAUACUGGGCAACGGUCCUGGCUGUAUUCCUGCUGUGAUUACAGUGCUGGUGACCAUCAUCAAAGUCAUGAUGAGGCCCCCUGAAGUUGUUCCUCGUUUCAUAGCUAAUGAAGUGGAAGGGGUGGUCUACUUAAAGGAACUUGAGCCUAUCAACACACCUAUAGCAUUUUUUACCAUCAAAGACCCUGAUGAAAAAUACAAAGUCAGUUGCUAUUUGGAUGGUGAUGGGCCUUUCAGACUUUCACCGUACAAGCCAUACAACAAUGAAUACCUGUUGGAGACCACAAAGCCUUUGGACUUUGAGACACAGCAGCUGUAUGAAAUCUCCAUAGUUGCCUGGAACUCAAAAGGAUUUCAUGUCAAGAAAGUUGUCAAAGUACAGGUUCUGGAUGACAACGACAAUUCACCAGUUUUCUCUGAACAGCUGAUAGAAUUGUCCAUUGAGGAGAACAAUGUCCCCAAUGCUUUUUUGACCAAACUGCAUGCCACUGAUGCUGACAGCGGAGAAAGAGGGCAAGUGUCCUAUUUCUUAGGUCCUGAUGCCCCUUCCUAUUUUGCUUUAGAUAAAACCACAGGAGUUCUUACAGUUUCCACCCAACUGGACAGAGAAGAAAAAGAGAAAUACAGAUACACUGUCAAAGCAGUAGAUUCUGGAUUCCCUCCAAGAGAAUCAAUAGCAACUGUCACCAUCACUGUAUUGGAUAAAAAUGAUAACAGUCCAAGAUUUAUCAAUAAGGAUUUCAGCUUUUUUGUGCCAGAAAACUUUCCAGGUUUUGGUGAAAUUGGAGUUAUAAGUGUCACAGAUGCGGAUGCAGGGCAAAAUGGAUGGGUUGCCCUUUCAGUUCUGAAUGGAAGUGAUAUUUUUGUUAUAGAUACUGGAAAAGGAGUUUUGAGAGCUAAAGUCUCCCUGGACAGGGAGCAGCAAAGCUCCUACAUUCUGUGGAUUGAAGCAGUUGAUGGCGGUGAUCCUGCCCUGUCUUCUACAGCAAAAAUAACUAUCCUUCUUCUGGACAUAAAUGACAACCCUCCUUUGGUCCUGUUUCCUCAGUCUAAUAUGUCUUACUUGUUAGUCCUUCCUUCUACCCUUCCUGGCUCUCCCAUCACCGAGGUCUAUGCUGUCGAUAAGGACACUGGCAUGAAUGCAGUCAUAGCUUACAGUAUCAUAGGAAGAAGAGGCCCUCGACCCGAGUCAUUUAGGAUUGACCCCAAAACUGGUAAUAUCACCUUGGAAGAGUCACUGAUGCAAAAUGACUAUGGCCUCUAUCGGCUUCUUGUAAAAGUUAGUGAUCACGGCUACCCGGAACCUCUCCACUCCACUGUCAUGGUGAACCUUUUUGUCAAUGAUACUGUCAGCAAUGAGAGCUACAUCGAAAGUUUGUUAAGGAAGGAGCCUGAUAUCAGUGUAGAAGAAAAGCAACCACAAAUAUCCAUAGAGCCUACACAUAAAAAAAUGGAGUCAGCAUCCUGCAUGCCUACCUUGGUAGCUCUUUCAAUAAUAAGCUUGGGUUCAAUUGCUUUAGUAACAGGGAUGGGAAUUUACAUUUGUCUAAGAAAAGGGAAAGAGCAUCACAGAGCAGAUGAAAACUUGGAAGUCCAAAUCCCAUUAAAUGGAAGAAUUAGCCUGCACAUGUUGGAGAAGAAACCAAUGGAGAUUUCUAACAUUUGAUGUUUCUUUGUGUAUAAGUCCAACAUUUGAAAAACCCUGGAGGACACUAAAACACCUAGCUGUAGGUUGUAUUGACAAAGGUUGAAUGAAGGACUGCUAAUUUAUAACUUAAUAUUAUAAUUGUAAAUAGCUGUUUACAGUUUUUUAAAUUCAAUUUCAGUGUACAGCUUUUUUAUGAAACGUUAGUAACUAACAGCUAGCACCCUGACUAUAAAAACAUGGGCAUCAUUUCCAGCUUUCAUAAAUCAAUAAGAUCAGUGAACAUAAAAAGGGUGAAGGUAAGAUGAUUCUUUUAAACUCAAGUUUUAAAAGUCUUUUUAACCACGAGAGGGCAUCAGAUGCUGCUGAGCAGGGAACUGUUCAAGGUACUGUCCAUGAGAUAAACAGAA